AUGCUGCUUAAACAGGUGAGGACUCUUUUAGAAGAAUGUCAAUUUCACGAGGCCAUGGGAAGGAUAUCCGACAGCUGGAUAUGUUGUAUGGACGCCAUCAAGUUGUUGAACCAGAUGAGCAAGGAAGACACUGAACCCUAUACCCAAAUAUUGUCUGUAUUUACCCUCCAGCUAUAUGACCGACUUUCCAAGACUUCCAUGCCAAUGGACCAAAAGAUCCAGUGGAUCAAUUCGAAGCUUCACAACACAUAUUUCUACCCUCAGAUUGAAUUUGGCGGGGGUUUAACGUCGAGUAUGGGUCCGUUUGUGCUACCACAAACAGAACCCGAACUCGAGUUGCCAAGCCAUUUAAAUGCUCAGUACUACCCACUUGAAAUUGAUGACUGGUCGGCAGAAAUGGACCAUUUGGCCCAACUACACCAAGACGUGCUUUCCAACUGUUCGCUAGUAUCAGCAAUUCUUGCGCUAGUCCACUCAGAAGGGAUGUUGGUUGAUUUGGUACAUCCUCAUGCAGCAGCGCAGAAUUACACUGUGACCUUCACUUUUAAUGGAACCAAGAGAACGGUUUCGGUGGACAACCGGUUGCCGCUACUACCACAGGACACUCAGUACUUGACCAUUCGGUCCAGCAAUAACUUAAACUUGUACUGGCCUGCUCUUAUAGAAAAAGCAUACUUGAAGGUGAUGGGGAAAGGGUACAACAUCGAUGGGUCCAACAUGGCGUACGAUGGGUUCAUGCUCACAGGAUGGGUUCCGGAUAUCAUCAUGAUAAAAGACGGACAGCUACCGGUUUCACAUAUCAAAUAUUUGAAGAAUCGGAACACAACGGUGAUGAUGGGGUUGGGAACUGGCAAAAUCAGCAGGGUGCUUUCAGACAAAAUCGGGCUAGUUUCUCUUCAUGACUACACACUUUUGGACUUCGACGAGACCCGAAACACCGUCACCAUCAAGAAUCCCUGGCUCCAUAGCACCGAUAAGAAUCGCAUAAUAGAGCUUCCUGCCAAUGGUUUGUUUCAGUUUCAGUUUUUCUAUCUCAAUUGGAACACGGAUAAAUUGUUUCAAUUUCGAACCACCACCAGUUUCAUCCAUAGUGGCGAUCUCACGCGAGAUUUGCUUGCCAGCAGACCCCAGCUCAGCAUUGAGAAUCCUCUGGAACAGUCCCACGAGGUGUGGUUGUUUCUUGAGAGAUUCUUCACCAAAGAUGUUGAAGAGGUAGUUAUUGCAAUGGACAUCUAUGCAUCUGAGGGUGACAAGGUUCUUCUCUCCAAGCAGUACAAUAACGUGUAUGCUGGAGAACCCACCAAUGCUAGGACCUCUCUUGUCAGAUUCACAAUGAAUCCCAACACUAAGUACACGGUGGUGGUUCACUGUUCUGUCAAGUGCUCGAUGUCCUUAACGGUGUUUCACAAUGUGAGCAAUGAUUUCAAGAUCCACCGGGCAAAGUUGAAGUACACCGAGUCGUUGAAGAUCACCGACGAAUGGGACUUUAUUAAUAGUGGAGGUAACCGUUCCCUCACCUCGUACAUCAAUAAUCCGCAAUUUGACUUGGAAAUUUCGCAGCCAUCAGACUUGAUGAUAACGUUGAUAGGCGAACUGUUGCUUACGUUCCAAGUCUUACACUGGAACUAUGCCGAAAAGUCCCGGAAAAUGCAACAUCUUGACGACCUCAAACUUCUCUGCGACGAGCCAUACACUGCGGGAGCGCAGGGUUCGACAUUGAAGAACCUCAGCCCAGGAAUUUAUAGAAUUGUUUGUUCGACCCAAGAACCCAAUGUGCGAGUACCGUUCCAACUCCAGGUGUUUCACAAUCUUCCUAGCAAUGAGGCAAGAAUUUCACGAGUUGGUGGAUCACUUGGGUUAUUCACUGACAAUUUCCGCUAUGAUUGGAACGGUACAAAUAGGUACAAAUUCAUGUUUUCCACCAAAUGCUAUAAUCGCCGGUUCACGUUCCACCUCAAGCACUCAUCGUGUAACUUCAUGAAUCCCGAGGGCGUAUCAGUAUACCGCCCAGCGCUCCGUGGGUCGGUGUUCAACCUAGACACUCUGCAGCCACUCAUGGUGAAUGAAGAAUGGAGUUCCAGCUUGUACGGAGUGUUUGUGGAAUGGACAUGUAGGGUUCCUGGGAACUUUGUGCUACUUGUAGAACGGUUCGAGCCUGGAAAUGGCACACUUGAGAUCGAGGUAGGCUGUAAUGGGCAGUUCUUCUCUCUUUGA